AUGAAGGGAAUAUUGUGUUUAUUCGUGAUCCUUGUAAAUUCAUGUGAGCGAUACGUAAUAGCGGAGCAUGAAGAAGACACAUCCACAGAUCUAUUUGUGAUCGAGGGAAAAGUGUUCCCCUGGGACAACGCUGCUUCCACUGGAUGGCAACUCAUGACGCAUGUGAUGGCAAAUGGAGGUGAACACUACGGCUUUUUGAGGGAAGAUGGUACGUUUAUAAUUUCAAAUGUCCCAUCUGGUUCUUACAUGGUUGAAGUGGUGAACCCAAAUUAUGUUUACGAGCCAGUCAGAGUAGAGAUCAAUUCGAAAGGAAAAUUCCGAGCUCGAAAGGUUAAUUUGAUACAGACGUCGCAAGUGAUCCAAGUACCUUAUCCAUUGAAAAUGAGGCCUUUAGCACCAUUUCGAUAUUUUCAAGUUAGAGAACAGUGGCGAUUAACAGACUUCCUGUUCAAUCCCAUGGUUCUAAUGAUGGUUCUGCCACUUAUACUGAUAAUGAUUCUGCCAAAAAUUAUGAAUGAUCCUGAAACUAGGAAGGAAAUGGAGCAAUUAAAUAAUCUCACUAUCUAUAAUAUGCCAGAAAUGUCUGAAGUAAUAACGUCUUUUCUUUCUGGAGGAGAAAAACAAAAAUCAAAGGCUGUAAAAGCUGCUAAGAAAAGACAAUAAUGUAUCGAUUUAGUUUACUAUCUGUAGAUGGUUAUAUAUGUACAUGUUUAUUCUAGUCGUUAAAAUAUAUUAAAAUAUUGACGACGAAAAGCAAGAAACGUUCCGAUUCCUUCCAUCGAAUGUUGCAUAAAAUUACGAUUGUUAAUAUGUUAAGCCUUUGAACUGUGAUUGUUUCAAAGUGCUUAAUGUAUUCCUGCAAUUUCAUAAUUGUAAAAAUAAUUUGCAUUUUUUAUAUGUGAGUGCAUUGAAAAUGUAGAGAGAAAUAAAACCAGCACCAACAACUUUUUAACACGUUAUUCGUUUUGUUUUAUGUAAUUACUUUAUAUACGUAUGCUGCGCGCAAUUUCAUAAAAUAGUAUAGAGAAAACUUUGUACGGAUAUAUAAGUAAAAGAAAAAUCUGACCUAAUAUAAUGUAACACACGAUACUUACAACAUAAUUGUACUUUACAUCACAAAAAUAUUAUUUUGUUACACUUUCUUGUGUCUGUCAUUCUCUGUGAUGUUUAGAUUAAUCCUGUCUCAUGUAAGAUGUUGUCCAGGCACAAGAUACAAUUCUCUAAGUUAUAAAAAGACAUGUAUCU